AUGCAACUCACAACCAUCCUGCUGUGCGGCGCACUGCAAGCAGCCGCCGCCUUCACGCCCAAAACAACAAUACGCGUGAAAUGCCCAGCGUUACAAGCUCAACAAGACGACGAAUCCCGGUCGCGCCGCGGCCGGCGCCGCGAGCGCAAGAAGGACGCGGUGGCAAUCGACGCGCCCGCCGUCGACGCGCCGCGCAAACAGAUCAAGCGGCCCGCCUUCCUCGAGAAGAAGCCGCGGCGCAAGGCAGAGCCCAAGAAGCCGGAGGCACCGGUUGAGCCAGUCGAAGAGGACUUUGCGUCGCAGUGCCGCGAUCAACUGAUCCAGCUCUACGAGCGCUACAACCCCGACAAGGUGAAGGAUGUGGACGACUUACUGCAUAAGUACGCGGGCCGCGAGCCGUUAUUAAUCAGCGCCGUCGAGGCCAAGUACUCGGGCGCGCAGGGCGUCCCGCUUUUUAAAGAUGAGGCCCUGGUCCGGGCCGGCGCGGAGCUCGUCGAGCGGGAGGCGGAGGCGCGCGAGGCGGAGUUGAUGGCGGCGCGCGAGCGCGCAGAAGCCGCAGAAGCGGCGUGCCUCGAGGACGGCGUCGAUCUCGAGGAGGCGGUCGCGGCCGUCUGCGCGGAGGCCGGCGCCGCGGAGGCGUUGGCGCGCGUCGUUGGGGCGCUCUUCGACGCGGAUCCGAGUCGGGCUUCCGCUGUGGUCCGGCAGACGCCAAUUGAUUUGAGAUGGGUCGACGGCGAGGUCUUCGGCGCGUUCGGCGGGCCGGGCGCGGCGCUCGCGGCGGGCUGGUUUUAUAUCAGUGUCUCUACGCCAUCGACGCGACUCACGUAUCCCACGCGCAGGGCACAAAAGGGCCGCGCCGCGCCGACCGCGCAGACCAUCGAAGCGUCGCCGUACCCUUCUGCAACAGCGAGCGGCGUGCUCGACGCUCUAAGGGAGGGCGGCUUCGCGCCGUCGGACGUCGUCGAGGCCUGCGUCGCGGCUUGCGCAAAUAGCGAUAUUUAUACGCGGAACGAGGUCCUGCGCCACCUCGCGGCCCUCGGCUGCUACCGCGAGGUGCUUGCGAUAGACGAUUUUGUGGAAGAGAAGGACGCCGCCCACCACGAGCACGUGAACCGCGCGUUGGUCCGAAAUGUGGAAAGAGGCCCGACGGCGGACUCGAUGCAGCGCCUCCCGCCGCCCGCCGCACCAGAGGUCGUGCUGUUAGGGAGGUCGAAUGUGGGCAAGUCGUCGCUCGCGAACGCGCUGCUGGGGCGGCGCGCGUUAGCUCCCGCGAGCCCGGUGCCCGGGCGCACGCGGCGGUUCUGCUUUUACGACGUCGACGUGCCGCAGACGGCGGGGUUUAGGCUCGUGGACGUGCCCGGCGCGGGCUUCGCGGUGGACAACGUGACGCAGGCCUUGGAGGGGAAAAGUGCGGGUAGCGCCGUCGGGAAAGUGGAUUCGUGGCGGAGCCUGGUCCUGCGCUACUUGGACGUGCGCGAGCCGCUGAAGGUCGUGCUGCAGCUCGUCGACGCGCGGCGGUGCUUGGAUGCCACGCUGCCGGAGGCGGACUUGGCUACGUUGGAAACAGUCGCGGGCUCCGAAGCCAUUAAGUCGGGCCGCGCGUCCCACGUGCUCGUGCUGACCAAGGGCGACAAGCUCUCUCCGGCUGAGUCGACGCGCGCCGUCGAAUCCUUGAAAGCCGCCGCGGCGGGCGUCUACGGCGGGGCGUCGCCGUCCGUGGUCCUGACGGCCGCGACCGCGCGGCCGCCGGUCGGGCGGUCGGACGCGUGGCGGGCCGUGCUUUCGGGGUUGGGGUAUCUUUGA